AGCGAUGAUAAGCAGAAGGAAGAAGUAAAGUGAAGAAAAUUAAUCUAAAAUCGGCAUUGGAGACAUAAGUGUGAAGUAGAAUAAAAUAGCUGAGAAAUAUUUUUGAUAACGAGGUGGAACAAUGUUCAUAGUUGUGAAAACAAAUUUCUUAUCAGUUGUGCUAAAUAUGUAAGCAAUUAUAGAAGGAAUUUUGUUAAAACUUAUAAAGAUGGUAAAGUGAAACCGCGACAAAGUAAAUAUCGUGAAAGCAAUUCACGGCGUCAAAUAGUAAUUCAAAUAAUGUAUGAGAAGAAUAAGCGAAAAUUAAUGAUGGAGCAGCAACAAAAUUUGGAAAAUGAAAUUUAUCAACGAAGAAAGAGAUGUUGGUUGAGUUAUGGUCGUGCAUGUUUAACAAUCGGAAUUUUGGGAUUGUUGACUGUUUGCCUAUACGCCGUGACACAAACAGUUUCCGGUGCCCACGAAGAGCACAAUUUAAAAUUGCUCGAGAUUUUUGUUAAUGAUGAUCAUCAGGUACAUAAAAGUGGGUCGAUUGAAGACCAAAUAUCUAAAAGUGAAUCAAACGAUAAGACGUGGAAUCACAAAAUAGUAGAAAGAAGCGUUGGAAUGUCGCAAGAUAAGAACAACGUUAAUGAAAAUUUUGUUGAAAUACCAAAGAAUUUUGAUAAAAAAGAGGAAAAUGUGCAAAGUCUCAAUAAUGUUGACAGUGAUAUCAAUCCGAAAGUUGAUAAAGAACACUUAAAAUUAAUUCGUCGACAACAAAACUCAAAUCAGCUGUUACGACAUCGUCACUCAGAUGGCGACAUUUAUUACUUCAAAGGAUACAAAUGUGUGCCGAUAAGGAAGUCAUCGAAAUCUUCUGAACGUUUAGGUCCAGAAGGUCUUACAGACCGCAGAACACG